GCCCGGGGCAGCUUUGGGCGGCGGGGCGGACGCUCCCUCAGUCGCCGGGCGCCCGAGCCGGCCGCCGGGGCAUAGGCGGAGGCGGAGGCGGAGGUGGAGGAGCCGCGGGAGGAGCCUCGCCGGCGGCGGCGGCGCAGGUGGCGCGCGGGGCGCACUCGGGAGCGCUCGGCGCCGGGCGCCGCGGCGGCUGCAGGCUCGCGCCCGUGGCUGCACCGGCCGAGCGGAGCGGCGGGCGCGGCGGCGGCAGCUCCCCAGCCCCGCGGUGCCCGGAGCCCGGGGAGGCGUCUGCAGGAGCCGCCGGGAGCCCCCAGGAGCUCGGGCCGGCGGAGCGCGCGGAGCCGGGCAGGGGGCGCUGCGCUAGCCGAGCGGAGGGGCAGCCGGGCCGGGCGCCGCGCACCCGCGCCGGGAGCCGCCUCUCCCCCGCGGCGCUCGCCCGGCUCCCGCCGGCAGCCUCUUCCCGCGGCGGCGCCCAGACAACAAAAGCGGAGGAUGCUGCUGCCGCUGGGCAAGGUCAGGACCUUGCCCUGAAGCCGGGAGGCGCGCACGCCUCCCCCGCCCCGGACUGAGGAGCUGUCGCUCGCGGCGGGUGCAUGUUCGCCAAGAAGAAACCGGGCGCCGCGCCUUUCGGAGCUAUGCCUGUCCCCGACCAGCCUUCGUCAGCCUCAGAGAAAACCAGCUCCCUGAGUCCUGGCCUAACCACCUCCAACGGGGAUGGCUCAGAAACAGAAACCACCUCCGCCAUUCUUGCCUCAGUCAAAGAACAGGAAUUACAGUUUGAAAGACUGACUCGAGAGCUGGAGGCAGAACGCCAGAUCGUAGCCAGCCAGCUGGAGCGAUGCAAGCUGGGGUCGGAGACAGGCAGCAUGAGCAGCAUCAGUUCAGCAGAAGAGCAGUUUCACUGGCAGUCACAAGAUGGUCAAAAAGAUAUCGAAGACGAACUCACAACAGGUCUGGAGCUGGUGGACUCCUGUAUUAGAUCGCUGCAGGAAUCUGGAAUACUUGACCCACAGGAUUAUUCCACAAGUGAAAGGCCCAGCCUGCUCUCCCAGAGUGCACUUCAGCUCAAUUCCAAACCUGAAGGGUCCUUCCAGUUUCCAGCCAGCUACCAUAGCAACCAGACCCUGGCCCUGGGUGAGACAGCCCCAUCGCUCCCCGCCCGCAGCACACAAGCCCGAGGUGCUGGCCAGAGCUUCAGCCAGGGCACCACGAGCCGCGCGGGGCACCUGCCGGGGCCCGAGCCCGCGCCGCCGCCGCCGCCGCCGCCGCCGCCGCGGGAGCCGUUCGCGCCCAGCCUGGGCAGCGCCUUCCACCUGCCGGACGCGCCCGCCGCGCUCUACUACUCCAGCUCCACGCUGCCCGCGCCGCCGCGCGGCGGCUCCCCGCUGGCCGGCCCGGGCGGCUCGCCCACCAAGCUGCAGCGCGGAGGCUCGGCCCCCGAGGGCGCCGCCUACGCCGCGCCGCGCGGCUCCUCGCCCAAGCAGUCGCCCAGCCGCCUGGCCAAGUCCUACAGCACCAGCUCGCCCAUCAACAUCGUCGUGUCCUCGGCCGGCCUGUCCCCGAUCCGCGUGACCUCGCCCCCCACCGUGCAGUCCACCAUCUCCUCCUCGCCCAUCCACCAGCUGAGCUCCACCAUCGGCACCUACGCCACCCUGUCGCCCACCAAGCGCCUGGUCCACGCGGCCGACCAGUACAGCAAGCACUCGCAGGAGCUGUAUGCCACCGCCACCCUCCAGAGGCCGGGCAGCCUGGCAGCCGGGUCCCGGGCCUCGUACAGCAGCCAGCACGGCCACCUGGGCCCGGAGCUGCGGGCCCUGCAGUCCCCGGAGCACCACAUAGACCCCAUCUAUGAAGACCGCGUCUAUCAGAAGCCCCCUAUGAGGAGUCUCAGCCAGAGCCAGGGGGACCCUCUGCCGCCAGCACACUCCGGCACCUACCGCACGAGCACAGCCCCAUCUUCCCCUGGUGUCGACUCCGUCCCCUUGCAGCGCACAGGCAGCCAGCAUGGCCCACCGAAUGCCGCCACGGCCACCUUCCAGCGGGCCAGCUACGCCGCAGGCCCAGCCUCCAAUUACGCCGACCCCUACCGACAGCUGCAGUAUUGUCCCUCUGUUGAGUCUCCAUACAGCAAAUCCGGCCCUACCCUCCCGCCCGAAGGCACCUUGGCCAGAUCCCCGUCCAUUGAUAGCAUUCAGAAAGAUCCCAGAGAAUUUGGAUGGAGAGAUCCGGAGCUGCCUGAAGUGAUUCAGAUGUUGCAGCACCAGUUUCCUUCGGUCCAGUCCAAUGCUGCAGCCUAUUUACAGCACCUCUGCUUUGGAGACAAUAAAAUUAAAGCCGAGAUACGGAGACAAGGAGGCAUCCAGCUUCUGGUGGACCUGUUGGAUCAUCGGAUGACAGAAGUCCACCGUAGUGCCUGUGGAGCCUUGAGAAACUUGGUGUAUGGGAAGGCCAACGAUGACAACAAAAUUGCUCUGAAAAACUGUGGUGGCAUCCCAGCGCUGGUGAGGUUACUCCGAAAGACCACCGACCUGGAGAUCCGGGAGCUGGUCACAGGAGUCCUUUGGAAUCUCUCGUCUUGUGAUGCUCUCAAAAUGCCAAUCAUCCAGGACACCCUGGCAGUGUUGACCAAUGCCGUGAUCAUCCCCCACUCGGGCUGGGAAAAUUCACCCCUUCAGGAUGACCGAAAAAUACAGCUGCAUUCCUCACAGGUGCUGCGAAAUGCCACUGGAUGCCUAAGGAAUGUUAGUUCAGCCGGCGAGGAGGCCCGCAGGAGGAUGCGGGAAUGUGAGGGCCUCACAGAUGCCCUGCUCUACAUCAUCCAGUCUGCACUGGGGAGCAGUGAGAUCGAUAGCAAGACCGUUGAAAACUGUGUGUGCAUUUUAAGGAACCUCUCGUACCGGCUGGCCGCGGAAACGUCUCAGGGACAGCACAUGGGCACGGAUGAGCUGGACGGGCUGCUCUGUGGGGAGGCCAGUGGCAAAGACGCAGAGAGCUCCGGUUGCUGGGGAAAGAAGAAGAAGAAAAAGAAGUCCCAGGACCAGUGGGAUGGAGUAGGACCUCUUCCCGACUGUGCAGAACCACCAAAAGGGAUCCAGAUGCUGUGGCACCCAUCAAUAGUCAAACCCUACCUCACACUGCUCUCUGAGUGCUCAAAUGCAGACACGCUGGAAGGGGCAGCAGGCGCCCUGCAGAACUUGGCUGCAGGGAGCUGGAAGUGGUCAGUGUACAUCCGAGCUGCUGUCCGGAAAGAGAAAGGCCUGCCCAUCCUUGUGGAGCUGCUCCGAAUAGAUAACGACCGUGUAGUGUGCGCAGUGGCCACAGCACUCCGGAACAUGGCCCUGGACGUCCGAAAUAAGGAACUCAUUGGCAAAUAUGCCAUGCGGGACCUGGUCCACAGGCUUCCAGGCGGGAACAACAGCAACAAUGCAGCAAGCAAGGCCAUGUCGGAUGACACAGUGACAGCCGUCUGCUGCACCCUACAUGAAGUGAUCACCAAGAACAUGGAGAACGCCAAGGCCUUACGGGAUGCAGGGGGCAUCGAGAAGUUGGUUGGCAUCUCCAAAAGCAAAGGAGAUAAACAUUCUCCAAAAGUGGUCAAGGCCGCAUCUCAGGUCCUCAACAGCAUGUGGCAGUACCGAGACCUGAGGAGUCUCUACAAAAAGGAUGGAUGGUCACAGUAUCACUUUGUAGCCUCAUCUUCAACCAUCGAGAGGGAUCGGCAAAGGCCCUACUCCUCCUCCCGCACGCCCUCCAUCUCCCCUGUGCGCGUAUCUCCCAACAACCGCUCAGCAAGUGCCCCAGCUUCACCUCGGGAAAUGAUCAGCCUCAAAGAAAGGAAAACAGACUAUGAGUCCACUGGCAGCAAUGCCACUUACCACGGGACUAAAGGAGAACACACUUCCAGGAAAGACACCAUGACAGCUCAAAAUACUGGAAUUUCAACUUUGUAUAGGAAUUCAUAUGGUGCGCCCACUGAAGACAUCAAACAUAACCAGGUUUCCGCACAGCCAGUCCCACAGGAGCCCAGCAGGAAAGAUUACGAGACCUACCAGCCGUUUCAGAAUUCCACGCGAAACUACGACGAGUCCUUCUUCGAGGACCAGGUCCACCAUCGCCCUCCCGCCAGCGAGUACACCAUGCACCUGGGACUCAAGUCCACGGGCAACUACGUCGACUUCUACUCGGCUGCCCGUCCCUACAGUGAACUGAACUAUGAAACGAGCCACUACCCCGCCUCCCCCGACUCCUGGGUGUGAGGCGGGUGGCACGAGGCGCUCCGGGAACAGUGCAUGUGCAUGCAUACCACGAGACAUUGCUUCUUUUUAAGUUUCCCCCCUGCAAAUUUAGUUUGCUAAAGCCUGUUCCGUAGGAAGGCCAUGAUAACCAGUAAGGAAAUACGAAGAGCUAUUUUAGAAAGCUAAAGCGAAUCGAAAGUUAACGUGGACGUCAAUAGAAAGCUAAAGUGAUCCUAAAGGUGCCCACCUGGUGCGACACCUUUCUAGUUUGAGCUGUAGGGUAUGCAAGGGUAUUGAAUGUGGUGCAGACAGCACAGGCGGUGGCCCCAUUGGCCUCGGUGGGGCGGUGGGGCGCAGAGGUUAUAAGCACAGAGGCAGGCAGCACGGGUCGCACACUCCCGAAGGACGGCUUCUCACGCUUUGUUUCCUCUCUCCAUCCGUUGUGAUUCUAGGCUUCCAGUUGCAUUGGGGUCCCUCUGUACAGCAAGAUGUCUCUUGCCUUUUGUUAAUGCAUUGUUGUAAAGUAUUUGAUGUACAUUACAGAUUAAAGAAGAGAAGCGCGUUGUGUAUAUUACACCGAGGCCGCAGUGUUUCCUCAUCGAUGGUUCUAAAUAUUGCUUCACUCUCAAAACGUUUGGAAGAUGUAUGGAUUUCCAGUUUUUUCCUUUCCUUUUCUUUCUCUCGGUAUGUUUUAACAAAGAAAAAAAUGGAGAAAAAAAGGAAUAUUUAGCAGUAUUGUUCGUUCUGAUAUGUGAACUCGUUUGUGGCAACUAAGCAAGGCAUUCAGCAGUUUCUGACAAUUAACACACAUCAUUCCACACUCCUUGUCAACGAAGUGCUUUUUCACUGCCUACAAUUUUAGAUGUAGAUAUUUGAAAUAGACUUUUUCAUUUAUACCAGUUUUCUUUAUGAUGAUACAGUGUUAAAAAGAAAAUAAAUUACAAUUGAUCUGUCAUUCAUAUCUGCUAAGAAUGUCUAUUUCCAAGGACCUAUCUUACAAAAUACACAUUCUUGCUCGUGUGUCUGUGCGUGUGUGGGGUGUGCGUAUGUCCACGUAUGUACAAAAACGACCUGUGUGAGGUUAUAUUUUGACAGAAGCAAAUUUCAUUUGCUGUUCAUCUUGUACAAACCUGUUCCUGGUUCUCAAUGUAAAUGUGCAUCUGUCUGUUCCUUUCAUCCUCUACCUAUUCUUCUGACCAUCUAGUGACUCAGGAUAGUAGGCCGGUUGAAGUGAAGUUAUAGGAUUUUCACACAUUCACACAUUCUCCAAUGCCAACUCUUUCUACAGGUCCGUUUCCCUCCGUGUUUUAUGCCCUUAGAACACGAUAAACCAUGGCCAACUCAAUAAUUUCAUUUGGGGGCCGAUUACUUGAAGUAUCCACAGGAAAUGUACACUGCUCACCUUAUUCCUCCCCAGACUCUUUUUGUUCACGUCACAGGGAGCAGUAGACAAUGAUGGAUUAGAUUAUUAAAAUGGAACUUGAAGCAAAUGUUAGACUAGUGGUUAACAGAAACAGAGCUAAGAAAUAAGGCUAACCAUUUAAAAGAACACGGGCUGUGGGUAAAUUAGCUUUGCUCUUUAGAUGCAAGUGACUGAGGCCGAUAGGUGCCUAGUAAAUGUUAACUGUUCUUGGGAAAAAAAAUAAAAUACUUAAAUAACAAAA